GUGGCGCCACUGCGCUGUUUUCCUAAAACAACAGAGAGCCAGUUUAAACUCGCUGUCGUACAUACAGUACAGGAGCUUUCAGCUCUAUUUCUUUCUCCAUCCUACUGGUGUUUGGUGACUAUCCGGAAGAUAUCACAUUGCUUUAACAGCAGAUCUGGACAUCAGUUAAGCACAGUGGCCCACAGUGAACUGAAGUGCAAGGCUUCAGGAGGUUCGGGACAGGUCACAGGUCAGUCUACUAAUGUCAGGCCAGAUCAGGUCUGCCAGUCAUGCGGACUGUCGGGUCACAGAGGAAUGCCAGGUUCCAGCCGACGUGGAGCUGAUGGAACUGGGUCCCCUGCUGGAGGAGGAUGGCACCCUUGGAGCCGCAGAUAUCCAGUCAGAGGGAGCAAGUGGUCUUGCGGAUGAUGAAGAUGAGGAUGAAGAGGUGGGAGAUGUUCUGACCCUACCACUGCAGGCUCACCAUGCAAUGGAGAAGAUGGAGGAGUUUGUGCACAAGGUCUGGGAGGGUCGCUGGAGAGUCAUUCCCUUUCACAUCCUACCAGAGUGGCUAAAAGACAAUGACUACCUCCUGCAUGGUCAUCGGCCUCCCAUGCCCUCCUUCCGUGCCUGCUUUGGGAGCAUUUUUAGAAUUCACACAGAGACCGGGAAUAUCUGGACUCAUUUGUUGGGGUUAAUCUUAUUCUUGUGCCUGGGCACACUUACCAUGCUGAGGCCCAAUAUGUACUUCAUGGCCCCCUUGCAGGAGAAGGUGGUGUUUGGCAUGUUCUUCUUGGGUGCAGUGCUGUGCCUCAGCUUCUCCUGGCUUUUCCACACCGUCUACUGCCAUUCUGAGAAAGUGUCUCGCACUUUCUCCAAACUAGACUACUCUGGUAUUGCUCUGCUGAUCAUGGGCUCUUUUGUGCCCUGGCUUUACUACUCCUUCUACUGCUCUCCUCAGCCACGUCUCAUCUACCUCACAAUCGUCUGUGUGCUGGGCAUUGCAGCCAUCGUCGUCGCCCAGUGGGACCGCUUCUCCGCGCCCCGCCACAGGCCCACCAGAGCAGGCGUUUUCAUGGGUCUCGGACUGAGUGGGAUUGUCCCCACCAUGCACUUCACCAUAGAGGAGGGUUUUGUCAAGGCCACUACAGUUGGACAGAUGGGCUGGUUCUAUUUAAUGGGCGCCAUGUACAUCACAGGUGCUGGGCUGUAUGCUGCACGGAUCCCUGAGCGCUAUUUCCCGGGCAAGUGUGAUAUUUGGUUUCACUCACACCAGAUAUUCCAUGUGCUGGUGGUGGCAGCAGCCUUUAUUCAUUUCUACGGAGUCUCCAACCUGCAGGAGUUCCGCUAUGGCCUUGAGGGAGGCUGCACUGAUGACACUCUUCUCUGAGUGCUCCGACCCACACACUCCUACCCUGUUUGAUUUAGGAUUUCAAUUAAUAAAAAUAAUCCUUAUAUUUUUUCAUUCUGUUACAGCUUAUGAGCAAUGCAUGGAUGUAAGGAUGGGGAUGAGCAAAAACCUUUCUCUUUACAAAGAGUCCAGGAAGAAUGUUUUAUUUGAUGAAAGUGUUUGUGUGUGGUUAAACAAGUAUCUUAUGGCUGGAACAUGACCUUUGUCAUCAUUGAACUUUUAAUUUUAGCGCAAUCUCUUGGGUUUAACUUGUUUCUUUUGAAGUGAAAAGCACUUUUUAAUGAGCUGUAGAAAAGAGUAAUAACAUAAUGCAUCGAAAUGUAAUUUUUCCCAAUCAAACCAUUUAAUGCACAAAGUAUUGCCCGAAUUUCACUGAGAGAACAAUGUCUCCCUCUGUCAUUGUUUUUAUUCUUACUGACUGGAAAACGAUCAAAGGGCAAAUAAGGGGUUUGAGGGUUUCAGGCAAAAUCUACUUGCUUUGAACACAUUCACAACUUUUUUUACAUCCAGGUCAAACGAAAAAGUAAACAGGUCAACUGAUGCAUCUUACAGCACAGUCUAUUAACUAUAAACUUUCCUUUAUAAUAAGUAUUCCUGUGCCUUAGGCCACUGGAAAUAGGUUAUAUAGAUGGGCCAAUACUACAGUGUAGUAAAUUUCAUAAGUUGCAAAUAGCUAGUGAUUUUUCUUUGCAAGCAAUCCAUUCAAAUGAAAAAGGUUAAAAACCUAAAUAACAUGUUUGACCUUUAUUGGUGAACUUUCUCAGACUGCUGUUUGUAAAAAGUAGUGUUUUAUCCUUUUUAAAUAAGCUAACUGUGUGGCUUUACCACAAAGAAUAAACAAUCCAUAUAUUCAUUUGUUACAUGUAGAGGUGGUAAAUCAUUUACAUUUAAAUGAAAUGUGAAAUGUUCAAUAAAUAUUUAUGGACCACA